UUUAUAAACAGGUCUAAUACAGCAAGAGACAUUCACAAGUCAUCAAAGCAACAGACACGAUUGUGCUCCGAGUGUUUGAGGUCUCAAGGCCUUAAAUAUCCCACUCCAUAGAGAUUUCUGAGUGCAGCCAACGGACGGAGAAUGAUUCAUUAUUGUCUCGCAUUCACUGCACUGCAUGUUAGCAGAUGGCUGCCCAAACAGAACAGGCUUAAAUUUCUGUUCGUCAUUUUCCUUUUCCUGGUCAUCAUUUUGGCUCCCCAGAUUUAUGUUCUACUAAGACCCGCUUCAUCUCGAUUCUGCCAGCAGCCGCUUUUGAAUAAUCUGGUUUGCUCCAUCAUUUUUACUUUCUUUACGACAGGUUUCUCAGUGGUCUUGUCUGUAACAGACCCCAUUCCUCAAGAGUUGGCUGCAGCAUUUCAUGUGUUUGCAGUGGCGUCUUUUGGUGCUGGAGUGACGACGACUGUGUUUACUGCCAGAGCUCUGCCUUGUGCCGGGACGACCCCUGAGCUUUACCACCUGUCGUUGGUGCUGUCACUGGGCUGUGUGCUUUCAUCAGGCAAGUGCAUAUCUGCUACUGUAAGUUUUUUUCACAAUCAGAGGGGCAUACAGACUGGCUGUUUCCAAGAUGGCUGUGAGGUGGUCUCUGCCGAAGUGGGGCACGCUUUGAGCGGAAAUAAAGCUAUGGCAUCCCGUGGGAAGACUGAAACUAGUAAAUUAAAGCAAAAUAUGGAGGAGCAGCUGGACAGACUGAUGCAGCAGCUCCAGGAUUUAGAGGAAUGCAGAGAUGAGCUUGAUAGUGACGAAUAUGAAGAAACAAAGCGAGAAACCCUGGAGCAGCUUGCCGAGUUUGACGAGUCAUUGAAAAAGAUCAUGUCGGGAAACAUGACGUUAGUGGAUGAACUGAGCGGGAUGCAGCUGGCAAUCCAAGCUGCGAUUAGCCAAGCAUUUAAAACCCCAGAAGUCAUUCGGCUGUUUGCCAAGAAGCAGCCUGGUCAGCUGAGGACCAGACUGGCAGAGAUGGAUAGAGAUGUCAUGGUUGGCAAACUGCCUCGAGAUACCUAUACCCAGCAGAAAGUUGAAAUUUUAACAGCUUUAAGGAAACUUGGAGAAAAGCUCACAACAGAAGAUGAAUCCUUUCUUGCUGCUAAUGCGAGUGCAAUCCUGAGCCAUUUUGAAAAAGUCUCUGAGGACCUCGGUUCAGGUGACAAAGUGCUAGCGCUUGCCAGUUCAGAAGUGGAAAAAACAAAAAAGUGAUCAUGUCCAAAUCGAGGGACUUCUUUGUCACAGUCUGUUUACAGUGCCGGAGGUGGACAUUUUGUAUGCUCAUGCGUUUUUGAGGGUAAAAAUCGAAGCAACGCGUACCCUCCAGAUCUUCAUUUUGUAAGGGGAUUCUUCAUGGAACGAUAAGUUAAAAGUGACGGUUUUAUUUGCCACUUUUUAUAAAUCAAUGUUAAGUACCUGGUCUAUUUGGUUUGGAAUUGAAGCAGUUUUACAAAAGGAGAACUUUUUUUCUUAAUCUAGCCACAGAUAUUAUAUUUAAGAUAAUUGAAAUGCAUUUAUUUAAACAAUAGACUGCCCAACCCAAACUAGGCUGCCGAUUUGUGAAUUUAUAGUAGAAAGUUGUUACGAAAGACUAAUGCAUAUUGUCUUAGCUCAACAACAAAAGGACAUUUAUCUUCCAAUGAUACUUCUUUUCUUAAUUCCCUGUGUUUAAUAAAUGCAAAGAUCAUUAUUUCUUUACUAACUUAAAGAGUAAAUGAUUACGUUUAAAAGAUGAAACCCAUUAUUUGUGUUUGAACAGGCUGAGCAGCACUUUACUCUCUGACGAUAAAUCAAGAUCAGAGUGAAGUGAGUUUAUAGUAUGUCGCUGCUGUCCUGCCAUGUCCAUAAUACCCAGUAUAUUACAUAGUUGUAUCUGCAUGUGGGGGCUGUAGAGGUGGGCUUGUCUCCUGUUGGAGACCAAAAAGGUUUGUGUGCUUUUUUUUGGGUAAACACUUUUUGUAUUUGCAUCUUAUGGUACAUUCAAAUGAUGUUUAGAAAUGAAAUAUGAAGCUUCCAUUUUUGAGCAGAGUGCGCCUCUGGCAAUUCUGCUUCCGAUGUCCAAGGCUGGAUAGAGAAUCUGCUAUGUAGAGUAUUCUUGUGAACGCCAUUCCCUGUUCCAUGCUUUUGGUUUGUGGACAUUGCAUUGGUAGUUCCACCUCUCUCAGGAGGCAACGGUUCAACAAAAUAAAAAGUUGGAUGAAAUUGUGAUAGAGAAUCAGAGAGUGACAGCGUGUCGGAUAACAGGCCCUAGUAGGAUUAGUUAUGGGUCCGUUCGAUUCAUUCAACAUGAGCGAAGUCUGUGCACUUUGAGGGUCUCAGAUGUUGACACCUGAAAUGAAGCAUCCAGUAUUCCAACGACAAUUCUCAGUGUGCUGUUUCAUACCUUGGAUGAAGCAUAAAUACACCCCUAUGAAACCGAGUGCCAACAGGGACAGAAACAAUGUAAACUCCAAGAGAAACUCCGCAGGCCCGGGCUAGUGCUGGCGCGAUCACGUGCACCGUGUUUGAUAAACACUGAAGCCGCUGUGCAUUUUCUUUACAUGACUCAAAAGGUCAGCAGUUAUGCCGGUUUCUUUGCGGCAGUCAUAAAGGGAGAAACGGCGAGGGACCAGUCAGCCAUCCUGCUUCUGUUUCACCACAAUCCCCAGCACACACCUCAUGGAUUGUCAAGGCUGCUGUGCAAAACUGGAUUUGAAGUGACGCCACAGCCACCCUGUUCUGCCUCGUGGGACGUGAUGAAGAUAUCAAGUUGUCUACAGAAGACCGGUGGAAUCGGCAACAGAAAACAUUAUUUGUGUAAUAGAGAAUUGCUUAAUGGAUAUUGUGAGUGGAUUUAAGGGGAUUAUGGUUAAAAAUAAACCUUGUUUGGUUUU